AUUCAUGGUGCUUCAUCAUAGCAAUAGUCACCCUGAGCAAAACGGAUGUGAAGAGUAGGUACAGUACCUGGAUCUUGAAAUCAUGAGCGCUGAAAGAGCAGUGACUGUGUGUGUGGGGGGGGUGAGGCUCACCAGGAAGGGCAAGGAUGGGCAGGGAUGAGCGGAUGGUUGCCAUAGUAAAUGGCUGAUGUACUCUCUUUAAAUUGCUUCAGAGCUCCUGGUCAUCCAGGGCAGGAAUUAUGCAAACAACAGACUUGAGCAGUCUUCUGGCCCUGAGGAGGCCGGGCCUUGCUUAACUCGGUUUCCUCUCGCCUUAGCCAAUACUUAGGUUAUUCUGCAAGUGGCCUCACUCUUCCUUAGCCCAGGUCCCCUUCUCCCCUCCCCUGGAGUUCACAGUUUGGAUGACGCACAGGAGUGACACUACCUACAUCCCAAGUCCUAAGUGCAGUCGGGGCUGAAGUACACCUGUGUCUGUCGUCCAGGGUGCUGCCGGGGCAAGGCAAAGGGCGCAGCUCCCCAGAAGUGCCCCAGCUUUUCCAUGGGGAAAGUGCUAGGUCAUGCCGGUGACGACACCAAGACUCUGAGUUGCCAGAAGGUGUCACAAGCAAAGUAGAAACUGAGACUUGCCUUACUGCUGAAAGGCAGAGCUGUCCCUAGAGAGACAGCUGGGAGGGGCUCCCAAUGGUCUGGGCAGAGGAGGACAGGGCCAGCUCCCCACACCCGCUCAUCAAUCUGUCCCCUGUGGUUUCACUGGCCCUGGUCUUGUGGGUGAUGGAAAGGAAGGCUCCUGUGACUUCUAGGGUGGGACCACAUCUGGCCACACUGGAAACUGAGCUGAGUCACAGACAGUCCUGCUGCUUUGGUGGCAGCCGAUGCUCAGGGAAGCUGUGGACGGGUCUUUGGCAGACUCUCUGGAUGACACCUGAUUUGGUAGCAUGUGAGACGGUGAUGAGCAGACCGUCAGGAGAACUGUUAUUGUUGGGCUCUCAGUUCCUGUGGUCCUCUCCCUGAUGUUGCCUCCCUGCUCAUAUUACCGAGCGUGAGUGCCAAGCCAGAGCAGGAAGACGAGCAGCGGGGAUACCGGGCUAAAACUCCUUCCCUGGGGAGACAGAAACAAGGUCUACCCCCAAGGUCCCAGCGGCACACUGAGGCACAGCUCUGCAGAAGUUCAGUCUGAAGAGCCGACGAGUUUAUUGGACUUCCUUACAGAACAUAGUUUGCAUGACCAACUGCCCGACGCUCAUUGUCAUGGUGGGCCUGCCAGCCAGGGGCAAGACCUAUAUCUCUAAGAAGCUGACCCGGUACCUCAACUGGAUUGGUGUGCCUACUCGGGAAUUCAACGUUGGCCAGUAUCGCCGGGACACGGUCAAGACAUACAAAUCUUUUGAAUUUUUCCUCCCAGACAAUGAAGAAGGCCUGAAAAUCAGGAAGCAGUGUGCCCUGACAGCCCUCUCUGACGUCCGGAAGUUCCUCAGUGAGGAAGGGGGACAUGUGGCGGUUUUUGAUGCAACCAAUACCACCCGAGAACGAAGAGCCAUGGUCUUUAACUUUGGGGAACAGAAUGGCUACAAGACCUUCUUUGUCGAAUCUAUCUGUGUGGAUCCUGAGGUCAUAGCUGCCAACAUCGUGCAAGUGAAGUUAGGCAGUCCUGACUACGUCAACCGGGACAGCGACGAGGCCACUGAGGACUUCAUGAGGCGCAUUGAGUGCUAUGAAAACUCAUAUGAGUCGCUGGAUGAAGACCUGGACAGAGAUCUGUCCUACAUCAAGAUCAUGGACGUGGGCCAGAGCUACGUGGUGAACCGCGUAGCUGACCACAUCCAGAGUCGCAUCGUUUAUUACCUCAUGAACAUCCACGUGACACCCCGCUCCAUCUACCUCUGCCGGCAUGGGGAGAGUGAACUCAACCUCAAAGGCCGGAUUGGUGGGGAUCCUGGACUGUCUCCCCGGGGCAGGGAGUUUGCCAAACAUUUGGCUCAGUUCAUCAGUGACCAGAAUAUCAAGGACCUGAAGGUCUGGACGAGCCAGAUGAAGAGGACGAUUCAGACAGCGGAGGCGCUGAGCGUGCCUUACGAGCAGUGGAAGGUCCUCAAUGAGAUUGACGCGGGUGUCUGUGAGGAAAUGACCUACGAAGAAAUCCAGGAUCACUACCCACUGGAGUUUGCCCUCAGGGAUCAGGACAAGUACCGCUACCGGUACCCGAAGGGCGAGUCCUAUGAAGACUUGGUGCAGCGACUAGAGCCUGUCAUCAUGGAACUGGAGAGACAGGAGAACGUGCUGGUCAUUUGCCACCAGGCUGUGAUGCGCUGCCUUCUGGCCUACUUCCUUGACAAGGCAGCCGAAGAGCUGCCCUACCUCAAAUGUCCUUUGCACACAGUCCUGAAGCUCACACCUGUGGCUUACGGCUGUAAAGUGGAGUCCAUAUUCCUGAAUGUGGCAGCUGUGAACACGCACCGAGACAGGCCUCAGAAUGUAGACAUAUCCAGGCCUUCAGAGGAAGCCCUUGUCACAGUCCCUGCUCACCAAUGACCACAUCUCAUCCAAGACCUGCAGGCAGGCCCUGACUUCUGCAGAGAGGAUCACUCCAGUCCUCCUUGGUGUUUGCAAUACUGUCACCACGCAGGAACACUCCUGGAAGCCACGGAUGGUUGACAACACUCAGAACCCUCAGCCUAGCCCACCUGCCUCCUUGUUGACAACCGGUGACAGGGUUGGGUAUAGCUGACCGGCUGCUGAGUUCCCUGGGCUUUGUGCCCUGCUGCUGUCCCCUCUGUUGCAGCCGUCAAGCAGCUCACUCCCCAGGCUGGCUGCUUCGUGAGGCGUGCAACCUUAAAUGUGACUCUGAGACAAAAAGUCUCACUAGGACGUCCCCACUGUGGCCCAGCUGCCUGAAAUGGGCCACGUGACCCCUGGAGAGCUCUGCUGUCCUCUCUGUAGCCACUCUUGAAGCCAGAGGCCAGAUCUUUGUGGGACCUCAGUGUACACUGCCUUUGGUGAAGGGGAAAGCCCUUCCUUCCCUCCUGGAAUGGAAGAGUGGAACAGAGGAGCCGUCACCCAUAUUUGUGCUCAUGAGACCAGGGCAUCCUCUUUGGCGUUGGAACACUGAAUAAAUGUGGAAGGCAGCAUCUGUGAUGCUUCCUAAUGUCUACUAAGCUGUACACUGAAAUAUGGGGUAGCUGCAGCUCAGGCUGCCUUGUCCUGAGUUCCCCCAUGGGGACCAUGGAAUGGCAGGGCAGCCACGAAGUACCUUCUCGGUGCACUCACCAAAGUGCUCAUGGGAAGUGGUCUCCCCUACCUGGCUGCUGCUGUCACUGUCCACACAGGACAUGCCUUUGUCAUAAAUGGCUCAGAACUGAUAAUCCUGUCAGAUUGUCUUCUUGUUUGUUGACCUCCAUUGGUAGGACUGAGGAAGGAGAGGACAGAACACAGAGGCAGCCCCAGCCAAGGGAGGAGUCUGCACCCCACUCCAGUUUUGAUUCGUAUACAACUUAAGCCUACUGAAAACAGCCUUAUGAAGCCUGGUGCCUCUCAUGCCCUAAGUUCCUGUGGGUCCAGGCGGCGAAGUCAGGCUCCGUGUUUCAGUGGCCAGCAGAGUGACAAGCAGGCUAUGAAGCAGGGCGAGAAACUGUUUACAGAAGUAAUCAGUGCUCUGCUGGCCACAGAGCAGCCAUGGGGGAGCCAGGCCCUGCAUCCAAGAACAUUUCCAGACCUCCAAGCCCUAGCCCGAAGCUAGAGGACAGUACCGCUGCCUUUGGGACGUGGGGCCUGCAACUUUUGCUUCCUGUCUCUCAAAAGCUGAGUGAUGCUGGUCGUGUUAUCUCCACACGCUUGUUAGCCAGAGCAGACCCUGUGGUUAACAGCAAGAAUACAUAGCUGGAUGCCACCAAAGUCUUUUUCCUCUGUCCAGGGAGGACAGGAAUUGCUGGACUCGGAGGUAUAAGAGCCUAGGGUUGGGGCAGAAGGGUGUCUGUGAAGCAGGGCACGUGCAGAAGUGCUGAGCAGUCCCUUCCUCAAGCGCCUGGAAGUGGCCUCUGCAAGGCAGCUGCAUGCAGGCUGGCCACCAGCUUGUAGCCGAGAUGGUUCAUGGGCAGAAUUGUCCUGUUCUCCUUAGAACAUAUGGCUUUGGGUUUCAGUUGUACGUUGCACUGUUUCCAGCAUUCUUUGCAAUAAACUUCUUUAAAAGCA